AUGUCUGGUGCGACGAGCGAUGGCAUCUCGCUGGGCCGUGACCAGACGUUAUACGAGGAUCUCUCCAAUGUGUUUCGAGAACGAGGCAGGCACGGGCUCGAUGACAGAGUCAAGUACGCCUUUUACGGACAUGUCACGGGCUCGCGCUUCACAUCCUCUGACAUCAGGAAUCAACAGACAAUGACUGAUUUGAGGUAUCCUAAUGAAUGGUUUCCUGCAACAAGAAUGAUGCACCGGACAAUUCAUCUGCAUGUGGGACCUACCAACUCUGGGAAGACUUAUCAUGCUUUGCAGAGACUCGAGCAGGCCAAGACUGGAACAUAUGCUGGACCUUUGCGACUCCUGGCCCACGAGGUAUUUACCAGGCUGAAUGCCAAGGGCAAGCCGUGCGCGCUUGUGACGGGCGAAGAGAGACGUCUACCCCCUGGCUCCCAACCAGACGAACCGAUCGAGGGGGCCUUUAACAUGACGGCAUGCACAGUGGAGAUGAUGCAAUUAAAUAAGCCCUUAGACGUGGCGGUCAUCGACGAGAUCCAGAUGAUCGGCAAUGCUGAAAGAGGCUGGGCCUGGACGCAGGGGCUUUUGGGGGUCAUGGCAAGAGAAGUGCAUUUAUGUGGUGAAGAACGAACCGUGCCACUGAUCAAGGAGCUCUGUGCCAGCGUGGGCGAAAAGCUUGAGAUUCAUCGGUACCAGCGUCUAUCGCCUCUGGCCGUCUCGGACUCUUCUCUCGAUGGCGACCUUCGCAAGCUGCGCAAAGGUGACUGCAUCGUUUCCUUCUCCGUUAUGGGUAUUCACGCUUUGCGCAAACAGGUCGAGAAGUCGACUGGCCGUAAAGUUGCAACUGUCUAUGGAUCACUCCCUCCAGAGACCCGUGCACAGCAAGCUCGACUCUUCAAUGAUCCUGAUAAUGAUUAUGACUAUUUGGUUGCCUCUGAUGCUGUGGGAAUGGGUCUCAACCUGGCCAUCAGGCGAAUCAUUUUCGAGUCGUCCUCGAAGUUCAACGGAGUAUCUCGGCAGAGGCUCAGCAUAGCAGACAUCAAGCAGAUUGGUGGCCGUGCAGGACGUUUUAGAAUUGCAGAGCAAGGCAAAAUAGGAGCGGCAUCUGCAGAAGAGCUCGCUGCUGCGAAGGGAGAAGCUGCUAAUCUCGGUCUCGUGACGACUCUGGAACGGUUCGACUUCCCGGUCGUGCGGGCAGCCAUGAGCGCAGAACCCGAGCCCAUCAAAUCUGCCGGGCUAUUUCCACCCGCAGCGAUUUUGGAGCGAUUUGCUGGCUACUUCCCCCCGGGCACGCCUUUUUCAUAUAUACUAACGAGAUUGCACGAGUUGAGCCAAAUUCACUCCCGCUUUCACCUGUGUGGGUUGAGAGAUCAAGUCUGGAUCGCGGAUAUCAUUGAAGGCGUGGAAGGUCUUUCAGUAUCCGAUCGAAACAUUCUCUGCUCUAGCCCUGCCGCCAAGAGCGAUUUGGAUCUGUGGAAGCAGCUCAUGCCUGCAUAUGCACGAUGCAUCUCCACCCAGUCUGGUGGCAACAUUUUGGAUAUCAAGGAGCUGCCGCUCGAGAUCAUGGAGGCCGAAAUUCAAGGCACAAGGGAGUACUUGCGCGAGCUCGAGAGACUGCACAAGGGCAUCGUCGUGUAUCUGUGGCUCAGCUACAGGUUCGCCGGUAUCUUCAGUACUCGAAGCCUGGCUUUCCACGUCAAGGGAUUAGUGGAAGAGAGAAUCGAGAAAACACUCAGCCACUUUUCUUUCUCGGAAGCCCAGCGUCGUAAGAUUGCCGCGCUGCGCGAGAAGCAAAUGCUGCAAUCGCUGGUUCAAGAGUCGGAAGAUCAGUCUGACAAGAUGGAAGUAAAAGCCCAGUCGACUCGUACUGACCAACUAGGCGAGACAGAAUAUCCUGCCGCUGAUGGCGCCGAAGAGGAGAGCCUGCACAGGCGGCGAGUUGUCUCGGCCGAACAGGUGGAUGACGAUAACUUCGACUUCGGAGCUCAGCUCGAUGGUCUCGCCGAGCAGCCCAUAGCGCUCCAGCCCCGACAGCUGGAUGAACAAAGCAGUCAGCUCGCCGGCGGUGAUCACUUUGGUGGUUCAACAGAGGACAUAGAGCUCGAAGAGCCCGGCCUCGAACCAGACGGCAUAGAUGAAGAUGCGAGGACGCCUAGUGAGGAGGCUGCCGAUACUAGUGAACAAGCUGAGCAGCCUGCAGUCGAUAAAUCUCAGCAGAAGAGCUCAUCCGCGAGUGUAUAGUUGGGAUUGUAUAACAUAUACAGUGUACAGAUAACUAUAAACACAUGCCACUGCUGCUGGCUUAGUGUCGCA